GACAGAAUCCAGCACAUGUUAGGCUGCUACAGAGCUAUGCAGGAAAUCAUAUCGGCUUGACAAUAAAAUUCUGAUCGCAGAUCCUGCAAACUACACGUACUGUUAAACUGUAGCAAGCCCAUAAAUCAACUUUCUGGCAUGGCUUUUAUCACAGGAAAAGGCCAACCCAUCUGCCACGAGAUUGGACAGGAAUUGCUGCUCUCUUCAGAUACGGGGGCAAAACUCAUGUAGUGUGAUAUCUGAUAAGUGGAGACUAUAAAAAGUGAGAGUCCAGAGUUCUAAGUCUAACCCUGCGUGUCCCUCUCAGGCACAUCUGAAACAAGUGAUGUCCCUAAUCGGUGACCCAGAUCUGCGUGCAUUCCUCAUGCAUCUGGAGUGAUCGUGACGUUUAUUGCAGAAAACACUGAACCAGGAAGCUGAGAUUGUAAAAAAAACUUUGCAUGUGAUACAGACCUAAAUCUCUCCAUGGUGGCAGUUCCCUUUCUCCCUCAACAACUAUUGUUCAUGGUAGUCCCUCAUUUCAGAUCUUUGCCACUCAGGAUCCUAUAGCUGCAGCAAUUGAGGGUUCUUCUGCCAUAGCAAACUCACCCACGUCUAGAGGGGAUGACAGUAUAAAGUGUUCCUCUGGGGAAACUGCUGUGCUCUGUAAUGUUCUGAGCAGAGCUUGGAGAGUUCUAAAGCUUUUGUCCUGUUUUUCUGCUUUCCCAGUCCAUGUGGAGGACAAAGCGAAGCACGGUGAAGGGUUAUUUCCUGGCUGGAGGAAAGAUGGUUUGGUGGCCUCUCCCCAGUGAAGGGACCGUGACGCCGCGGCUAGGAAGCGGGCUGCUUCCAUGCAACCUGACAGAUGAGUGACAGAGCAGGAGGGAAGGAAUGAGGUGGGUGCAUCCCUGUUUGCUAGUAAUGUUGGGAGUGGGCAUUUCAUAGGCCUGGCUGGAUCAGGGGCAGCAUCAGGAAUCGCUGCGACGGCGUAUGAGUGGAAUGGAAUGUUCUGUGUUUUGGUGCUGGCCUGGCUGUUUCUUCCUAUUUACAUAGCAGCUGGGGUUACAACCAUGCCUGAGUACUUACAGAAACGCUUUGGUGGCAAAAGAAUACAGAUCUUCCUGGCAAUUCUCUAUUUGUUUAUCUAUAUAUUCACCAAAAUAUCAGUUGAUAUGUAUGCUGGGGCCCUGUUCAUUCAGCAAGCCUUACGCUGGGAUCUCUACAUCGCUGUCAUAGGUCUGCUGGCAAUCACUGCUCUUUACACUGUCGCAGGUGGCCUGGCAGCUGUGAUUUACACAGACACUCUGCAGACUGUCAUCAUGCUGGCUGGGGGAUUAACUCUUAUGGGGUUCAGCUUUGUUAAAAUUGGUGGGCUUGAAAGUUUGCAGGCCAAAUACUUUAAAGCCAUUGCUAGUAGCCACAAAGGAAACAGUAGCUGUGGCUUACCAAGAGAAGAUGCCUUCCACAUUUUCCGAGACCCUGUCACCUCUGACCUUCCCUGGCCAGGAGUUCUGAUUGGAAUGACCAUCCCAUCUCUGUGGUACUGGUGUACAGAUCAGGUCAUUGUUCAAAGGUCCCUUGCAGCUAAAAACCUCUGUCAUGCCAAAGGAGGUUCGUUGUUGGCCUCCUAUCUGAAAAUUUUGCCUCUCUUCAUGAUGGUGAUGCCAGGCAUGAUCAGCCGGGUUCUCUUCCCAGACCUGGUGGCUUGUGCAGACCCAGAAAUCUGUCGGAAAAUCUGUGGCAACCCAUCUGGCUGUUCUGAUAUUGCUUACCCCAAACUGGUCAUAGAACUGCUGCCUCUAGGGCUCAGGGGCCUCAUGAUGUCAGUGAUGAUUUCAGCACUUAUGUCCUCCCUGACUUCCAUCUUUAACAGCUCCAGCACCAUAUUCACCAUGGAUCUCUGGCGGCACUUCCGGCCCCGUUCUUCUGAGUGGGAACUUAUGCUUGUGGGCAGGGUGUUUGUGCUGCUGCUCGUGGUGGUGUCCGUUCUGUGGAUCCCACUGGUUCAGGCCAGCCAAGGGGGGCAGCUAUUCAUUUACAUCCAGACAAUCAGCUCCUACCUACAGCCCCCUGUGGCCAUGGUUUUCAUCCUGGGCUGUUUCUGGAAGAGAACGAAUGAACAGGGUGCGUUCUGGGGCCUGCUGACAGGCAUGCUGCUGGGCUUCAUCCGGCUGGUGCUGGACUUUAUCUACCUGCAGCCCCAAUGCGGGGAGCCAGACCGCCGGCCGGCCGUGGUGAGAUACGUGCACUACCUGUACUUCUCCAUGAUCCUCAGUGUCAUCACGACAGUCACUGUGGUGGUCGUGAGCCUGCUCACAGAACCUCCCUCGGAAGAAAUGAUCAGUCAUCUCACCUGGUUCACACGCUGGGAUCGACCAGCCAAGAAACACCCAGCAGACAGUACUUCUCCUGAUACUGGAAGUGGUGUAUGUAAGUCUGAGUGUCCGCCUACCCAGCUCGAUAUUAGCGUUGUUCCUGAAAAUAUUUCCAAUGACAAUACAAGUGUGACUGGAACUCAGAAAGGGUCUAAACUGAUGAGAGUCUUCUUGUGGCUCUGUGGGAUGGAGAGCAAACAAGAACAUCCUCCUGAGAACACAGCUGCUACCAGCCCUGAACAUGCUGUGGCUUCCUUGGAUGAGCAGCCUUUGGUGAAACACAUUCUGAACAUCAACUUGAUACUAUGCAUAUGUGCCGGCAUCUUCCUCUGGGGCUACUUCGCAUAGCAGCUUGCCAGAUGAUGCAAGGGACACCGUCAGCUAAUUUUAAGCCCCCAAAUUAAGAUUGGUGUAAAUAAUAAUAAUAUAAUCAGUGAUGGUUCAGUGUGAUUUGUAAUCCAUUCUUACAUUUCAUAGAAAAAAACCUUAAGUAUUUUAGUUACACUUAACAAAGGGCUUGCUCCUGAGAGUUGCUGAGCUUCUUUAUCUUCGGCCUCAGCACCAAUGAGAUCAGGCCCCAGACAGUGAUAGGCUAUGUGUAUAUAAGGGGUUGGGGGAGGUUUGGAAGGCAGAAGGGGUUUGUUUGGUUACGUUUCACAUCUUGAUAGUUUUGCACUUAAACCACUAGGGACUCAGGAUAUCUGCCUGACCUCUGUAAAGCACUUAAUUUCUCUGUGCCUUAACUCCCGCUCUGUAAGAAUGGGUAAUACUAAUCCUUCCCCACCUCCAAGCGGUGCUGUGAGGAUCAAUACUUAUGUUUGCAGGGUACACAGAUACUGUAGUGAUGGGGACAGUAUUGGCAUAUAGAGAUACUAUAUCCAUGAAGGAAAACAAAACAUUACACCAAAAUGUAUGUACAUGGAUAAAUGUGUGUGUGUCUAUGUUGUACAGCUCAUAGGUUCCACUGGCAUUUCUGUAAUACAGUUUUUUUAAUUGUUUGCAUAUAUUUUAAAAAAAGUUAAUGAGUUUCUUAGCAUGGGACGUUAAAUCUUCUGCAGGGCUGUAAAUCCAAACACAAUGCUGAGGGCAGUGUAUGUGGACUAGAAAAUGAAACUGACAAUUUCACUGUCAAAUGUGAGGGUAUGGCUCAAAAAGUAAAACAGCAUCAGUGUUGAAGAGUAUAUUAGGCUUCUUAAAUCCUUUCAGGUAAUAAUGCCAGGUGGUGUUGGUAACAGGCAGACAGAGAGAUUAGCGUAUGUGUAUAGGACAUUCUGACAGCGUCCCUUUAGUUUUUUUUUAAAUAAACUAGGUGUUAUUACAA